AUGUAUGAGGAAGAAAUUAGCAGAAGUAUUGACGAACAUAUUGCAAAGCAACAAAAUCUUGGUCACCAUAAGAAAAUGCAGCUUCUAGUAGCUAGAGAAAAUUUGAAAAAUGAUGUAAACGAAGUAUGUCGACAACAAAUAAUGGAAAAAAGAAAAAGGCAGGAUGAAGAAAAACUUGAACACAUAGAAGAAGUGAAACAACUGAACGAAGUUAUUGAACGAAUGAAGUUAGAUUCUAAGUAUGAGCUGCAGUUGCGACGCCAGAAUGUUGAGACAUAUCGUAACGCCUUAGAACGACAAAUCGCUGACCAGCGAACUAGAUAUCAACAACUAAUAGCUGACAAUGCACGGGAGUUUGAGAAGAAUAAGAAAACAGAGGAACAGCUAACCGAACUUGUGCAUAAUAUCGUUAAUUCAAAUGAAACUGACUACAACAGACAUCCAUGGCAAAAACUGUUGGCUACUGGUCACUGGUCUAUUCCAAUGUGGGAUGGUGAACCUCAAAUAUCGAAAUUUGCAAGUGCAAGGUAUUAA